AUGCAAUCUGCUGUGCGUGGUCUAACAAGGAAAAUGAUUAAAGUGAUCCCUAUAAGAGCGUUGGAUGAUAACUAUAUGUACUUGGUCUACAGUGAAAAGGAUUCAAAAGGCUUCGCCGUAGAUCCGGUUGAGCCGCAAAAGGUCAAGGCGGUUGCGGAAAACUGUCCAGCCUUGACAAUCUUGCUCAUACGAAGGCACAUUUUGUGUUACUAUGUUACUCAUCCAGACAGCGACAGCCGCAUCGUUCUCACUGGAGAUACGCUCUUCAUAGCCGGCUGUGGAGAAGAACUGCUGCCGAGAUGCAUCGCAACCUUGAAUGAAGUACUGGCCAAAUUGCCAGAUGACACCCUUGUCUAUCCAGGGCAUGAGUACACCUACAGUAACUUGAAGUUUGCCCAGCACAUUGAGCCAAGCAAUGAGAAUGUGAAACGUAAAUUGGAAUGGGCUGCCCGUUGUCGCGAACGAAAUGAACCAACGGUUCCUUCGACUAUUGCUGAGGAAAAGGAGAUAAAUCCAUUCAUGAGAACUUCAUCGCCUGAAAUCCAAAAGAAAGUCGGUGCCACAGAUUUGAUCGACGUGAUGGCCCGUGUGCGACAGGCGAAAAACAGCUUCAGAGGGCUGAAGGUUGACUACUUUGAUAUUUUAUAA